GACUUUAUGUAUCCGUAUCAAACUUUAUUUCCAGCAUUCGCACACAAUUAUUUUUAUCUCACCCAAAAACCAUAUAAAAAAGAACUGAUUUCCCCCAAACUCCACAUUUAAUUUUCGAGUAAAAAUCGAACGUUCAUUUCUAAACCGAUUUCUUUCGAUCCUGUUUUUCAAAAUGAGACUAUACUUGUUCUUGGCGGCUCUGGUAGCGGCGGUUGUAAUAACAGAAUGCAAGCAUACAUUCUUGGGCACCAACGUCCAGAGGCAGGAGGUGUUCCAUGAAAAUAAGAGAUACUUCUCACGUUUCUUCGAGAAAAGGGUUGAAGACUUGAGAUUCCGCAUGCCUUACUCAUUCUACGGGCGGGCUAUUCAGGGUAUCCUCGCCUACGACAAGAACACAUUCAUAUCACAUGCCACCGUCAACGUGACAGAAGGCGGUCUCGGCUUCAACUACGUGACACUGCGUAUGGCGAGCGACUCUGGGCAUGAUAUCAACUAUGAUAUCUUCAUUUACGCCUAAAUCAGCAUAUGGCACUCCAAAACCGCCGGUCCUUCUUGUAGUAUUAUGUAGUUCUUCGCUUUCAUUAAACUAACACGGGUUAGACCCGUGCCGUUAACCCGCGGUUAGAGUGUUUAAAUGACAUUAAACAUA